GGGCUGUAGGCAGGGUAUUGGAAACACCCCAUGCCGGGGUCCCCGAGAGGUGGCAUCGGAAAGGUGUGCCUGGGCCGCCCUGCCCAGCAGCAGAGCAUGUCCCGGCUGGACUUGGAGAUGCUGGCCGAAAUAGAGCUGCGGAAAGAUGAGGAGCAGGCAGCUGCCCUGAGCAUAGUGAGAAGGCCGUUGGUGGUGCCCUCGGCUCGCCAGGACCCCGUGCUGAGCAUGAAUCACCCCUUCUACGACGUGGCCAGGCACGGCAUCCUGCAGGUGGCAGGAGAGGACCGCUUUGGAAGACGAGUCAUCACCUUCAGCUGCUGCCGGAUGCCCCCCUCCCACGAGCUCAACCACAGGCGUCUGCUGGAGUAUUUGAAGCACACGCUGGACCAGUACGUGGAGAGUGAUUACACCGUUGUCUACUUCCACCACGGGCUGAACAGCCGGAACAAGCCGUCCCUGGGCUGGCUGCAGAGCACCUACAAGGAGUUUGACAGGAGGUACAAAAAGAAUUUGAAGGCGCUGUACAUUGUGCACCCCACCAACUUCAUCAGGGUCCUGUGGACCAUCUUCAAACCCCUCAUCAGUCAUAAGUUUGGGAAAAAAGUCAUCUAUUUCAACUACUUGAGUGAGCUCCGCGAACACCUCAAGUACGACCAGCUGAUCGUCCCCCCGGAGGUUCUGCGGUAUGAUGAGAAGCUCCAGAAGCUGCACAAGGGCAGGUCGCCCCCUCCCGCCAAGACACCGCCACCACGGCCCCCUCUGCCUACCCAGCAGUUUGGCGUCAGUCUGCAAUACCUCAAGGACAAAAAUCAAGGUGAGCUCAUCCCGCCUGUGCUGAAGUUCACAGUGACCUACCUGAGAGAGAAAGGACUCCGCACUGAGGGCCUGUUCCGGAGAUCGGCCAGUGUCCACACCAUCCGCGAGAUUCAGCGGCUGUACAAUCAAGGGAGGCCCGUGAACUUUGAUGACUAUGGCGACUUCCACAUCCCUGCUGUGAUCCUGAAGACCUUCCUGCGAGAGCUGCCCCAACCACUGCUGACCUUCAGGGCCUACGAGCAGAUUCUCGGGAUCACCAGUGUGGAGAGCAGCCUGCGGGUGACCCGCUGCCGCCAGAUCCUGCAGAGCCUUCCAGAACACAACUACGCUGUCCUUAGCUACCUCAUGGGCUUCCUUCAUGAAGUGUCCCGGGAGAGCGUUUUUAACAAAAUGAACAGCUCCAACCUGGCGUGCGUCUUUGGGCUGAAUUUAAUCUGGCCAUCCCAGGGGGCGUCCUCCCUGAGCGCCCUCGUGCCUCUGAACUUGUUCACCGAACUGCUGAUCGAGUACUACGAGAAGGUCUUCAGCACCCCGGAGGCCCGCGGGGAGCUCAGCACUGGCGUCCCUGAGGCAGCCCUCCAGCUCUGACCCCGCCACAGCCUGGCACGGAGAGCUGAGACCCGGCCACAGCCUCUGGACAAGCUGCCUGCCGUCUGCACCCCUGCCCCCGGGAGGGGGUCUGUGCUCCCACAAUUCAGCACAAGCCCAGAAAAGCCUCAGAGUUCUGUUGCCAGGAAAAAAAAAAAAAAACAACCUGAAAUAAAAAUGAUGGGUCCCUUAAGAGCGCACCGCUGUGAGCAGCAGAAUUAACAACGACAUUAAAUCAAAUCUCGUGCAUUAUGCAGAAGGGUUUACGGUGUGACGCACGGCUGUGAAAUGUAUGUCUCAAAUUUCCUGACUCUGAGAGGUGGCCCCAAGACGUUUUCCUGUGGCUGCUUUGAUAACCGUCUCCCUUUCACGAACGAUAAUUGUGGAAUCCCAGCUUCAGCACAGCGUGGCCUUGUCACCCUUCCUUGUAUCAAAGCACCAUUUCCCUAUCAUUUCCACAGCAAAGGAGAGCGAUUACGGUGCUAAUGUGUGGCAAGCAUGCGUGGUGCAUUUCAGCGUCAAACAAUGAAAUGUGAUGUGGAAAUGAGGACUCCAGGGUGUCUCUGUUGACAGGAUGUGUGGAAUAAAUUGUUCAAA